AUGACAAACAACCUAUGGGGGUUUUAUGCAAACUUAGUGGCUUCGGGUAAAAUAGUUGGUAAAUUGCUCAACCUUAUUGAUAACACUGCACAUCGUGUUGUUGACGGCCUACCGCCGCUUGUUCCAUCAACAUCUGGUGGUGGUGCCCAACAUGACCACCAUCAACAAACGCAGAUGGGUCCUAGGGUUUUAUCUAGUAAAUCAGCAAUGGCAGUGUCAUCUUUAGUGCCAUCUGCGUCUAUGGAGCCCAUCUAUCAGGCAGACAGAAACAACAUAAAUAUGAUGCAUAACCACAGUGCUUCAGAACCUGCUUUUGGUCGUUCUCCCAUGCAGGAUGAAACGUUGAAGGAAAACUCUGCUGAUUCACAAAGUAAAGCAUCUGGGAAGACUUCAGGGCGUCGCGGCUUCGGUUUGGGGGCCAUGCUUUUCGAAAAAAUGGUGGGUAGGAUUCUACCGCCUCGCCAGGACAAACAAUGGUGGUGGUGGUUUAUGGUGGUGACGGUGGCGGCGUAUGACGGUGACUCAGAGAACCUAGGGUUUCAAAGAAAGAAUUCUGUUUGA